UUUUUUAAUGACAGAAAUGAUCAUCAUAAUCAUAUGAUCCUAUAUUAACAAUUCGGAGGGUAUUUUUUGUUUUUAUUUAUUUACUGAAACUGGAGUGGAUGAAUUAAAACCGGCGUGGAAAGGGAAAAAGAUGAAACAUAAGUUUGUUUUUUCUGGUAGUUAUCAUAUCAAGUUGAAUUGAAUUGAAUCUCGUAUUAAAUCGUAUCCUAAUGCAUCAUGUUCAGUGUUGAUUAUCCUCUCAUCCAUCAUUUUCUUUUUCUUUUUUUCUCUCAUAAUAAAAUCAGAAUCGUAAAUAAUAAUAAUAAUAAUUGAGCUAGUAGUAAUAAUAUUGCAAAAAAAAAAAAGCUCUCUCUCUUUCUAUUACCAUCUUCUUCUCCAACUUCGACGCUGAAUCAGAAACCCUAAUCUGAGAAGAUGAAGGGUCUCUUCAAGGCGAAACCACGUACUCCAAUUGAUAUUGUGCGUCAAACCAGAGAUCUUCUCGUUUACUUCGAUCGCAGCACCGAAUCCAGAGAUAGCAAGCGCGAAGAGAAACAAAUGACCGAGCUAUGUAAAAAUAUCAGGGAGCUAAAGUCAAUCCUUUAUGGAAAUAGUGAAUCUGAACCUGUCUCGGAAGCUUGUGCGCAAUUGACUCAGGAGUUCUUUAAGGAGAACACGUUGCGACUGCUUAUCAAAUGUAUCCCAAAAUUGAAUUUGGAGGCCAGAAAAGAUGCCACUCAAGUUGUUGCAAAUUUACAAAGGCAACCUGUUCAGUCUAAGUUGAUCGCAUCUGAUUAUCUGGAGAAAAACAUGGAUCUUAUGGAUGUUUUGAUAGUUGGCUAUGAAAACACAGAGAUGGCUUUACACUAUGGUGCGAUGCUGAGGGAGUGUAUAAGACACCAGAUUGUUGCGAGAUAUGUUCUGAACUCACCUCAUAUGAAGAAGUUCUUUGAUUAUAUUCAACUUCCAAAUUUCGACAUUGCUGCAGAUGCUGCAGCAACUUUUAAGGAACUCUUGACAAGACAUAAAUCUACUGUAGCUGAAUUCCUUUCUAAUAAUUAUGAAUGGUUUUUUGCAGAUUAUAACUCUAAGCUGUUGGAAUCUUCCAAUUAUAUUACAAGGCGCCUAGCUGUAAAGUUGCUGGGAGAUAUGUUACUUGACCGUUCAAAUUCAGCCGUAAUGACCCGAUAUGUGAGCUCAAGAGAAAACUUGAGGAUUUUGAUGAAUCUUCUAAGAGAAUCCAGCAAAAGCAUACAAAUAGAAGCAUUUCACGUUUUCAAGCUAUUUGCUGCUAACCAACAUAAACCAGCUGAUAUUAUCAGCAUAUUUGUUGCAAACAAAAGUAAGAUUCUGAGACUAUUGGAUGAAUUCAAAAUCGAUAAAGAGGACGAACAGUUUGAAGCUGACAAAGCUCAAGUGAUGGAGGAAAUUGCUGCUCUUGAACCUUAGGGAAUAACAUGCUCGAGUUCCAGACUGUGUUAAAUGACAAGUUGCAAUGUGGUAUUUUACUUUUAUGAACUGUAUUAUAAUAGUUAUGUUAGUCAUCUAGAUGCAACUAUCAUUUCAUACAGAUUUGAAUGCUUCCAUUCUGUAAUUCUAUCGUCGCCUGUAAAAUAUUAGAUAAAUAAAUUGUUUAAACGAGCUACAUAAGGUUUAUGGCUUUCAAGGUGUUAGAAAGUAAUAAAGAUAUUCCUAGUUGACGUGUAAAUUACAAUUAGUACGAGGUCAUGCAAUAAUCUGACCCUCAUAAAUUUGUUGAA